GGGCGGGCGGGAGCGGGGAGCUGUGGGCGGCCGCCGUGUCUCCUGCCACCGCCCUCCCUCCGCCACGAUGCCGGGAAUCGACAAGCUGCCCAUCGAGGAGACGCUGGAGGACAGCCCGCAGACAAGGUCUUUACUGGGUGUAUUUGAAGAAGAUGCUACAGCUAUUUCCAACUAUAUGAACCAGUUGUACCAAGCUAUGCAUCGGAUUUAUGAUGCACAGAAUGAAUUAAGUGCAGCAACACACCUGACUUCAAAACUUUUAAAAGAAUAUGAAAAACAGCGCUUUCCACUGGGGGGUGAUGAUGAAGUUAUGAGUUCAACUUUGCAACAGUUUUCAAAAGUUAUAGAUGAGCUUAGCUCUUGUCAUGCAGUACUUUCAACGCAGCUUGCUGAUGCCAUGAUGUUCCCCAUUACCCAGUUUAAAGAAAGAGAUUUGAAAGAAAUAUUGACAUUAAAGGAAGUGUUUCAGAUUGCUAGUAAUGUUAUUUCUUUUCCAGAUCAUGAUGCUGCAAUUAACAGAUAUAGCCGAUUGUCAAAAAAAAGAGAAAAUGAUAAGGUAAAGUAUGAAGUCACAGAAGAUGUCUACACCUCCAGAAAAAAACAACACCAGACCAUGAUGCAUUAUUUUUGUGCAUUAAAUACUCUUCAGUACAAAAAGAAAAUAGCAUUGUUAGAACCUCUACUCGGGUACAUGCAAGCUCAGAUAAGUUUCUUUAAGAUGGGUUCUGAAAAUCUCAGUGAACAGCUGGAAGAAUUCCUGACUAAUAUUGGAACAAGUGUACAGAAUGUUCGCAGGGAAAUGGACAAUGAUGUAGAGACCAUGCAGCAGACAAUAGAGGAUUUGGAAGUAGCCAGUGACCCCUUAUAUGUACCUGACCCAGAUCCCACGAAAUUUCCUGUUAAUCGAAACUUAACCCGGAAAGCUGGAUACCUUAAUGCUAGGAAUAAAACAGGCUUGGUGUCAUCUACCUGGGACAGACAGUUUUACUUCACGCAGGGUGGAAACUUAAUGAGUCAGGCACGUGGGGAUGUAGCAGGAGGCCUCGCCAUGGACAUAGACAACUGUUCGGUAAUGGCUGUUGACUGUGAAGACAGGCGGUACUGUUUUCAGAUCACUUCCUUUGAUGGAAAAAAAUCUUCAAUUUUGCAAGCAGAAAGUAAAAAAGACCACGAAGAGUGGAUCUGUACAAUAAAUAACAUAUCCAAACAAAUAUAUUUAAGUGAAAAUCCAGAGGAAAUUGCUGCACGAGUAAAUCAGUCAGCUUUGGAAGCGGUCACUCCUUCCCCAUCUUUCCAGCAGAGGCAUGAAAGUCUGCGCCCGGCAGGACAAUCUCGGCCACCGACAGCUCGAACCAGCAGCUCAGGAUCCUUGGGAUCUGAGUCCACAAAUUUGGCUGCCCUCUCUCUAGAUUCUCUUGUUGCCCCAGACACUCCAAUACAGUUUGACAUCAUUUCUCCUGUGUGUGAAGAUCAGCCUGGCCAGGCAAAAGCCUUUGGCCAGGGAGGCAGGCGCACAAAUCCAUUUGGAGAAUCUGGAGGAGGUACAAAAUCUGAAACUGAAGAUUCUAUUCUUCAUCAGUUAUUUAUUGUCCGAUUCCUUGGUUCCAUGGAGGUGAAAUCAGAUGACAAUCCAGAUGUUGUUUAUGAAACAAUGCGGCAAAUUUUAGCUGCCCGGGCCAUCCAUAACAUCUUUCGUAUGACAGAGUCACAUUUAUUAGUCACUUGUGAUUGUUUAAAGUUAAUUGAUCCACAGACACAAGUUACAAGGCUCACGUUUCCAUUACCCAGUGUAGUUUUGUAUGCUACACACCAGGAAAAUAAAAGGCUUUUUGGAUUUGUUCUUCGGACAUCAGGGGGCAGAAGUGAAAGUAAUCUGUCAUCAGUCUGCUACAUAUUUGAAUCAAACAAUGAGGGGGAAAAGAUUUGUGAUUCUGUUGGACUGGCAAAACAGAUAGCUUUGCAUGCAGAACUGGAUCGUAGGGCAUCAGAAAAACAAAAGGAAAUAGAGAGGGUAAAAGAGAAACAACAGAAAGAACUCAGUAAACAAAAACAAAUCGAAAAGGACUUAGAAGAACAAAGUCGGUUGAUAGCUGCUUCCAGUAGACCAAACCAAGCCAGUAGUGAGGGGCAGUUUGUUGUCCUUAGCAGUAGCCAGUCAGAAGAGAGUGAUUUGGGAGAAGAAGGAAAGAAAAGAGAGUCAGAAGCAUGAACUUAUCCUUGCUUUUUGGUUGGUAUUACCCCCCUUGGAAUUUAUUGACGGUUUCUGUGGUGAAAUGGCACAAGGUAACAACUUUGUCGAUAUACCAAGGAGACUAAAGUUUAUAUUUACCUGUUUUAACUUCAUUUUUUAAAAUAAGAUUGACCUUGACCACUUAGGUAUGCACUGUUUUUUUUUUUUUCCUUAAAAACGAUAUACUAUGCAGUAACAUCAAAUUCCACAUGUCUAAAAGAAACCUGUUCAUCUCCUUGAAGUAGAUUGCUGAGGAAUUAACACUUGUUCAAGCCUUUUUUCCUUCAAAUUUUGAACUUCUUGCGUUGUAAUUGGCUGUGACCAUAAGAAACCAUUAUUCUUCAGCUUCAGAUAUUCAUGGAUAUGCUUCCUCUUCUCGUUAGGAACAUUUUUGCUGGCAGUGAGGAAGCUUUCAACUGAAUCGGUUCAAAACCUUUAUACAGAGAAUUCUACAAGUUUGCAAAUAUUUUAACUAUUAAAUGUGCAAUAGAACUUUUAUAAAGUAAUUAGAAAAAAGAUUUUAGGCUUAAGGUUUCAAAUUGUGGCAGGUGGUACUGUGAUUUCAGGGCACUUUCUGGGAUUGCUCACAUUUCUCUGAUGUAUGACACCUGAUGCCAGUGGGAAAGAAGCUUAAGUGUCUUCAGUUCAGGAUUGAUACAGCCCUUGGCAUUUAAUUAUCUUAUUCUUAGUUCUCAGGUUGGAACUUGAAUUAUUGCUGCAGAGCAGUAAUGGUUAAAAUAAGAUUUUGGAAUUUAUUAAAAGGGAUUUUUUUUGUUCAAGUACAUUUUAGAUUAGGACUUAAAAUGUAAAGAUAUUGUUACAGGAUAAUACAUCAUAUUUUCUGCAUUGCGUGAAAUAAUUUUUAUUGAAAAUCAAGUGACAUUUCAAAAGAAAUUCUAUAACGGUUGUUGCCUGCUUAAAGUAAAAAUGCCCAGAGUUUAGUUUAGAAAAUGUAAUCUUUUAAAUUUCAGACUGAUAUGCACAGUAUUUUCAUAAUUCCAUGUUUUGAUAAAAUACUGAUCACCACUUUAUAUCCACAAAGGCAAAUAACUAAUAUAUGAGAAUAGAAUAAUUUGCACUAGUUAUUGUACAUACUUCUACUCUUCAAAUGUGUAAAAGGUCUAAUUCUAUGAAAUAUUGAAAGGAAAUUGAAUGUUCGGUAUAAGAGAGUUGACCAAGGAAGGAUUUUAGCCUAGUGCCAAGGUUAAAUGAUACUUCCCUGCUGCCUCCCUCUAUGUCAAAACUUGAUUUUUUUUCUUUACUCAGAUUUUUAACAUUGCUGAUAGAAAUUAUGUUCCUUUGUUUCACGUGUAAAACUAUAUAGAGACAGGUUAAUUAUAUUGAGUAAAAUAGUCACAUAACUAAAAUUUUCAAGAGAUUUGCCAGCCACUAAGACUAAUUUUACAAGGGGAAAAGCCCUUUGUUCUUUGAUAUAGUCGUGUUAGUCCUGAAUUUAGAAGCAGCAUCUGUUUUAGCUCUCACAAUAUAGUGUGGCUGUUUCACAUGGUGUGCACCCUGUUUUCUGUGGAAUGGAAUAAUUAUACAUAGGAUCAUGAUAUUCUUUUUAUUCAUGUGCCAAAUGGGAAUAAUGAUUACUUGAUCAUUAUUUUGAAGCCUUAUGUUACCAAAACAGAUAGUAAAAAAGUAGAAAUUUACAGAAUACUUUCUGAAGACAGUUGAUUUUGUGCUUGCUAAAUGGGAAUGCUUUCUUGAUAGUUUGUGUGUCAUUCCUUUGGUAGAAGUCAAAAUUUCUGUUGUCAGCACUUGAUUUAGCCAUGGUAGGUCUGGCUUUUAACCCUUCUGAGAAUUAGUAAACUCUCUGUUUCAUUAAGUCUUUUGUUUAUACUAUUCAGUUGUUGCCUCGCUUGGUUCAGAUGAAACUUGUCACCCUACAAAGAAGGUGGUUAGCAUUAGGGGCAGUUUUACGAGGCUGGCGCUUUGCACGGUAACUAAGUGCUGCCCUUUGUUAGUACUCUGGGUCAAAGUGAAGGCUAAAGUUAAAGGCACUGUCAGACUUAGGUAGUUCCUUUUAAGUCAUGUUUUGAUAGGAAUUUCCUUAAUAAUACACCUGUGUCCACAGAUCAGACCAAAGAGCAUUCCAACACCAAAUCGAAGUUAUUAUGUGGGAUUAACAAUUUUAGAUAUUUCAACUUUUGUUCCAUUGCUGUAGAACUAUGUGAACUAUUCCAUACUACAGAUAUUUAAGCAUCAAUUUUAAGAAACUUUCCUUUUUGUUUGAUGAAGGCUGCCCAUGGGUUUCUGCAUAAUGUUAAAGCUGAUCUUGGUCUGUUACCCUUUGAAAUCCCUUCUGGCUCUUGGAUGCUUUGGUGGUGAUUGAAUUAGAAUUUGGGAUAGCUUUCUCAGAUUCAUACUUAUGUUUGAUGGUUUUUAGAAAUUAACAAAACUGAUUCUUUAAAAGAAAAGAAACUAAGUCUACCUAAUUCAGCUAUGCAUUCUGCUACCUAUACAAACAGUACUUUUAUAACUAUGGUAAUGAAAUCAGUAGACAGGAAACUAUUGCUUCUCCCUUUCAAAAUUUUAAAAACUUGCUAACAAGGGACUGGACAAAGUUCCCAAGGCCAGUCUUGUUUUUGCUAUUUCUACAAUGACUAGUAUGUGUUUAAUUUCAAAAGAAUUCUCAGGCUCUAGGGGUGGUAAAAUGACGUUACCUUUAUGCUUGGGAAAAGGGGAGUAGGGUAUGCGUAACACAUUACAUAACAUAUAAUCCUGUGUGGUAAAGGCAUCUGACGUUAAUUUUGAGUUACAUGUAGGAGCUACAAAUAUUUAAGAUUUGAAUCUUAUUAUAAAUGCUGAUAGACCCCAAGAUCCCAUGUAUUGCAAAACCUUCUGCUACCUGAAUUAAUUAAUAAAAUGAAAAUACUAACAUUGGUUUUGACAACGACCUCCUAGCAUUCAAACUGUACUUAAAAUAUUCAAACACACUGAUUGUAGCAAGCAAGGCUUUCAUUUUAUUUUUUAGCAAGUUUGACUUACUCUUCUUUCAUGAGAUUUUGUUCUACAUUAAUGACACACAUUGAAACUGGAACUAUACGACACUUUUAAACUAGUCUCUUGUGGCUUGUACUCAUGUAAUUUACUUCAGUUAAUAUGAGAACUGGGGAUUAAGUUAUAACUAAUGUGCAAAACUGCUUUGUAUAUUUGGUGAUUUUGUAAUGUUAAGUGAAUUGGUUAAUUCUUAUCUCACUGAUACUAUUAAUCAUGCAUAUAUACAAUUAAAAAUCAUGCUACAUUUCCUUUUAGAAUUGAAUUUGAAGAACUCAAUUUUUAUGUAAUGGUGGUAUACGUGUGGGGUGGAGAGCUUAUUUUUUUGUCAAAGUAGGUAUUCUCUGACAAGGCUUCAGGAACUAUGCUGUUAGAAGAUUUUUAAAGUAUAAUAAAGUCCAUGAUUUUUGUAUAGUCUUUUUUGUAUGAGGUAUUUGAUAUAUACUCAGUUUUAUUUCUCUAACUCCAAAUGAUGCUUAUGAAACAAAUGGACUUUUUCUUAAUAUGUUAUGACACUACAGUUACACAUCUAGGCCCAUUGCAAUUCCAUAAUAGCUAAAACGAAAAAAAGCGGUCACUUACUGGGACAUAACACUAAUUCAUCACUAGUGACUUCUUUCCUUUAGAAAAAUAGAUGUUUCAGGAAUUACCCCUAGACAUGUUACAGACAACAUAUACCUGCUAUAUUCAAAGAAACAAUUUAAAGGCACAGGAUACUGUGUACACCAGGUUAAGUGAGCUUGAUGUGUAAUUUUAAUACUAAUGCAUAUUCAUCCCAUGUGCUCUUUAUACUUUCCUAUAGCACUUACCAAGUUCUUUUCUUCCAUUGGGAGUAUCUGUUUUAAUUCGUUUUGAGUUUUAUAAAAUGUAUAUACUUUUAGAAGGUCCAGGAAGUAGAUAAAACUAACUUUAGAAUUAUGUAUCUAUGUGCAUGUAUAUCGUAAAUAUAUUUGUAUAUUGACAUAUCUAUAAUCCGCUACUCACUUAAAACAGACACCACAAUUUGAUUAAAAAAAUAAAAAUUAUUCAUGCCAGCUAAUUUUGCAAGUUUGAAUGUGAAAAUCAUAUCAUUAAAAGUAACUUUAAGUCUGUGCUUACUGAAUGUAUAGCCAUGAAUCUCCACAUCAGAAAGAAAUUCUCUAACUUCAGUUUCCCUGAGAUGACUAUAUUAUGCAAAAAAAAAAAGUAUACUAACACUAAACAUACAAAUAACAAGGCUAUAGUUGACUGGGCCUGUGGUGAAAAUGAACAUCAUCCUACCCAUCACUCUGUUCUUGUUGAUGUGCUAUCGAAAUGCUACACAGGUGUGGCUGAAUGCAUGUCUCUUCACUUUCCUCACUUUCCAAGUACAGAAACCUGUACUUACCUUCACAGAAUAUACAGAAAUCAAAAUUUAACCUACAUUCUAUAACUGCUUUUAUCACGUUUCUAAGAAGGAGGUUUACAGCAGUAUAGGUCUAUGUCAAGAAGCAAGAAAAAUCUCAAAACAGCCUAACCUUACACCUAAAGGAGUUAAAGAACAAAACAAAGCAGCAGAAGGAAGGAAAUAAUAAUGAUUAGACCAGAAAUAAAUGAAUUGGAACAAAAACUAGAUCACUGAAACCAGGAGCUGGUUCUUCUUUGAAAAGAUCAACAAAAUUGAUAAACCUCUAGCCAGACUCAUUAAAAAAAAUAAUUAAAAUCAAAGAGAAGAAAUAACCAAUACCACAGAAAUACAAUUGUAAGAAUAUUAUAAAAAAUUAUAUGCUGAUAAAUUAGAAAACCUAGGAGAAAUAAAUUCCUAGAAACAUAAUUUUACAUAAAGCAGGAAGAAAUAGAAAAUUUGAACAGACCAAUUACCAGCAAAGAAACUGCGUUAGUAAUAACAACUUCCAACAAACAAAAGUCCAGGACCAGAUGGCUCCACAGGUGAAUUCUACCAAACGUUUGAGAGUUAAUAUCUACUCUAAUCAAACUAUUCCAAAAAAUAGAAGAGAAAGGAAAACUUGCCAAUUCAUUCUAUGAGGUCAGUAUCACACUGAUACCAAAACCAGAUAAAAGACACCACCAAAAAAGUGAACUAUGGGCCAGUAUCUCUGAUGAACAUAGAUGCAGAAAUCCUCAACAAAAUACUAGCAUACAGAACCCAACAAUACAUUAAAAAAAUCGUCAUAAUCAAGUGGGAUUUAUUCCUAGGAUGCAAGCGUGGUUCAAUAUUCACAAAUCAAUCAACAUGAUACAUCGGUAAGAAAGGAUAAAAGUCAUAUCUCAAUAGAUGCAGAAAAAGCAUUUGACAAAGUAUGACAUCCAUUCAUGAUAAAAAAAAAAAAAAACCCUCUACAAAGUAGG